CAAAUACCAUAUUUUUCGCUCCAUAAGACGCACCUGACCAUAAGACGCACUUAGAUUUUAGAGGAGCAAAAGAUGACCAGAGACUGCAGACCAGAGACUGCAGACAUAGUACAGGAGAUGACCAGAGACUGCGGACAUAGUACAGGAGAUGACCAGAGACUGCGGACAUACUACAGGAGAUGACCAGAGACUGCGGACAUAGUACAGGAGAUGACCAGAGACUGCAGAUAUAGUACAGGAGAUGAUCAGAGACUGCGGACAUAGUACAG